AUGGCUCCCCGCCACCAGGCUCGCCUUACUCUGGACGAGGUGGAUGGAAUGGCCCGCCGGCGUAUUCUGGACCUGGUCACGCCUCUCCUUAUCGACAGGAUAACUACUCACAGAACGGGCACGGGCAUUAUUCUCAUAAUCAAGGUCAAUUCGGCAGCCCUGGGAACCAUCACCCUCAGUCCCCGUAUGGUGGAUCUUACCGAGGUGGUCACUCUGGCGGUGGUCAUCGGGGCAACUUCUCAAACCAAGGGCCCGACCGGCGAUUUUCCGGCCCUGGCUCCCAUCAUUAUCAAUCUGGACAUCCGCAGCGUGACGCAAAGGGGCAUUUUAAUAAUUUGCAAUGGACCGCUUCGGGGUCUCGAGACCCCCAAUCGACCACGUUCCACCAAUGACCCUCAAUCCCCUCGGGGAGGCGAAAAUGGGGAUCAUGUCCGAUCUUCCAACAGAGAUUACCAUGAUGAUAAUCAGGCACAGCCCGCACCGGAAAGCGAGAAUGCCCCAUCCAUGCAACCGCCAACUGAUGAGCCCAAUACCUCGACUCCGAACAAAGGCGGGAAGUUCAGUUUUGCUUUCAAAUCCAAGGCUGCACCUUCACCCGCGCCGAAACCUGUACCUGAUCUUGCUCAGAGGAUGCAAGUUCGCGAGCCGGCCCCUCGUGCACCCGAGCCACCACAGCCUCGCAAUCGGCUGACCAACGGGCCACUGCCCAAGUUCAAACCGGAACCAAGGCAUGAUCGCCGUGACCGGGGUGGACGUGAUCGUGGACGGGAUCGCAGAGACUUCCGUGAACAACGAGAUUUCCGUGACCCGCGAGACCGAAGAGAUGAUCGCCGGUUUGAUCAACGCCGUGAUAGACGGCCAGGUGAUCGACCUCCUGGACCAGAUCGUCGCCGUGAACCGUCUCCAGAGCCCGUGAGAGAGGCACCCAAGCAGAAACGAAUCCUCACUCGCCCUAAACCUCCACCCACAAUUCCUAAGGAGUUUGCCGAUUCUGAUUCUGUUUACUUCCGAAAGCCGGGCAAUGAGUCUGUCAUCGGUGCCGGUACCUAUGGCAAAGUGUUCAAGGGAAUCCAUGUCUACACCCAGCGGCAGGUUGCGCUCAAGAAAAUCCGAAUGGAAGGUGAAAAAGACGGUUUCCCCGUCACAGCGGUGCGAGAGAUAAAGUUGCUACAACAUCUCAGAAAUCACAACGUCGUCAACCUUCUCGAGGUUAUGGUCGAAAAGAACGAAUGUUUCAUGGUCUUCGAAUAUUUGUCCCACGAUCUAACUGGUCUCAUCAACCACCCUACUUUCUCCCUCACACUCGCCCACAAGAAGGAUCUUGCCAAACAGAUGUUUGAAGGUCUGAAUUACCUUCAUCACCGUGGUGUCCUCCACCGAGAUAUCAAAGCUGCCAACAUCCUGAUCAGUAAUCGAGGAUUGUUGAAGUUUGCCGACUUUGGUCUGGCCCGAUUCUUCUCCAAAAGUCGCCAACUCGACUACACCAACCGCGUCAUUACCAUCUGGUACCGUCCCCCUGAACUACUUCUUGGUGAGACCCGAUACGGCCCAGCCGUGGAUGUGUGGAGUGCUGCAUGUGUCUGCAUGGAGAUGUUCACCAAGAAGGCUGUGUUCCCCGGCGAAGGUGGCGAACUGAGCCAGAUGGACAAGCUCUACAAUCUUUUGGGUACUCCCACGAAGACCGAAUGGCCAGAUCUCGUGGAGAUGCCAUGGUUCCACCUCAUGCGACCAGCCGAACGCAAGAAGCGCGUUUUCGAGGAUGUUUACCGUGAUGUGCUGACAUCUGGUGCCAUGGACCUUAUCUCUUCCGUCUUCCGCUAUGAUCCCGCUCAACGGCCUAGUGCCGAAGAUGUCCUCAAACAUCCCUACUUCGUAUCGGAGGAACCAACCCCUCACCCACCGAUUGAAUUGGAGCAUGUUGAAGGAGACUGGCACGAGUUUGAAUCCAAGGCCCUCCGCAAGGAAGCUCGACGCGUGGAAUACCAGAACCAAAAGGACCGCGACAAGCGCAAGGCCGAAGCUUCGGUGACGAGCAGUGAUCGGGAUCCCAAGCGCACGAGGCAAGAUACAAGUGGCCAUGGCUCGUCGCACGGGUGA